AUGGCCAUCGCCAAACCAGUCCAGGAUAUCACAACAUCAAAUAUCAAUGAAGAAGUAAAUGAAAUUCAUAAAUCCAAGAAGCAGAAACAUCGUAAAGACAAACCAUGGGAUACCGACGACAUCGACCACUGGAAGAUCGAACCGUUUGAAUUGGAGAAAGAUAAAAUCAAACCGUUCACCGAAGAAUCUAGUUUUGCGACCCUGUUUCCGAAAUACCGCGAAGUUUAUCUGAAAGAGAUCUGGAGCCACUUAACCAAGAUCCUCGAACAGCAUGGUGUAGCAUGUGUACUGAAUCUUGUGGAGGGGUCCAUGACCGUCAAAACUACCCGAAAAACCGUCGACCCAUACAUCAUCCUCAAAGCUCGAGAUUUGAUCAAACUCCUAGCAAGAAGUGUUCCAAUCACUCAGGCUGUUAAAAUUCUGGAUGACAAUGUAGCUUGUGAUGUGAUCAAGAUUGGCAACAUCAUCCGAAAUAAAGAAAGAUUUGUUAAGCGACGCCAGCGGAUCUUAGGCCCAUCGGGCAGCACACUCAAGGCAAUCGAACUUCUUACAGAUUGUUAUUUGUUGGUUCAAGGCACCACAGUCUCCGCAAUGGGACCUUAUAAAGGUUUGAAAAUGGUCCGAAGGAUCGUUAUCGAUUGCAUGAAAAACAUACAUCCGAUAUAUCAUAUCAAAGAACUGAUGAUUAAACGCGAGUUGGCCAAGAAUCCCAAACUAGCCGAAGAGAAUUGGGAUCGAUUUCUACCAAAUUUUACCAAGAGGAAGCGGGCUAAACAGGCCAAAGCGGCCAAGUUAUCUGAACAGCAGCCGGCCGUCGAACGACCGAUUCAAGAUACCUCCCAAGCUGCGGCUUUCCGAUCAGAGCAAGCUAAACAAAAGUCGAUGCAAGAAAAGAAGAAGAAAUACACCCCAUUCCCCCCACCUCAGAUGCCCAGAAAGAUCGACUUGGAGCUAGAAUCGGGCGAGUAUUUCAAGAAGAAAGCGCGGACAAAGGGUGACCGAACUGAUGAUGCUAAGAAGGCAGAGGGGCGAGAACUCGUUAGUAGCUUGAAGAAGCUGAACAAGGGUCAGGAUAAACCGCCGGUUGAGGAGUCGAGGGUCAACCCGAUCUUGACCGAAAAACUGAAAGAAAGAAAGAGGAAGUUUGUUUCUGAGGACAGUGCUCCUGCCGAGCCGUGA